AUGAAGGAAUACAAUGCCACGAUUGACUUCUACUGGGCACCAUUGCUGGUUGAAUCCAACUCGGACGAUCCAUCGAACCAUCAUGUACGAGAUCGAAUUGUUAGAAUAGAAGCAAUUGAAAAGCAUGCCAGGAAUUGGGAUGAUGCAGAUAUACUUAUCUUUAAUUCCUACCUUUGGUGGAAAGUCCCAAAGUUAAAAGUUCUGUUGGGUUCAUUUGAAAACUCUGACGGAAUUUACGAAGAAGUCGAGUAUCUACGUUGCUACAAGAUGGCUCUUGAGACAUGGUCAGAUUGGUUGGAGGACCAUGUUAAUCAUAGCAAGACCCAUCUCUUUUGGGUUAGCAUGUCACCACAUCACAGUCGGUCCGAAGACUGGGGCACUCCCAACAAUCAGAAGUGCAUCAAUGAAACACAACCGAUUUCAACACAGAGGUUUAGAGGAAGUGGAUCAGAUCCACAAAUGAUGCAUAUAGUAGAGUCCGCCAUUAGAAAAUUGAAAACCAAAGGUGUGAAGGUACAAAUGCUCAACAUAACACAGUUAUCAGAUUAUCGAAAAGAUGCGCAUCCAUCUAUCUACAAGAAGCUGUGGAGGCCUCUGACCAAAGAGCAAUUGUCCAAUCCUCUAAACUACGCAGAUUGUACACAUUGGUGCCUUCCUGGAGUGCCUGACGUCUGGAAUGAACUCCUCUAUGCCUACAUUGUUCAUCAUUUAUGA